UAACUGAUGCCUGCCUGUGCGCUCUGACACCUCUCUGCUCUUGUCGUUGUGAUACAUGAAAACGACAUUCUCCUGCUAGCUCGGGACAAUACGAGAAUCCAACAAGUGGAAAAAACUAAACAAGAGGUCAGGACGAAUGUUUUAGCCAGCUGUGAAAAAUAAAGGUUUGGAAGCAGCAGUCAGUGUUCGGUGAUACACACAGGAAUCUCACAGGACAGGCGCGAUGCCGGACCCGGCUGCGGACCUACCCUUCUUCUACGGCAGCAUCAGCCGGCAGGAGGCGGAGGAGCAGCUGAAGCUGGCGGGCAUGGCGGACGGGCUCUUCCUGCUGCGGCAGUGCCUGCGCAGUCUUGGCGGGUACGUGCUGACGGUCGCGUGCGACGUACGCAUCUACCACUACCCCAUCGAGCGACAACUGAACGGCACCUUCGCCAUUGCCGGAGGCAAGCCCCACUGCGGCCCCGAGGAGCUCUGCGAGUUCUACUCCAAGGACCCCGACGGCCUGGUGUGCACCCUCAGGAAGCCCUGCCUGCGCCAGAGCGGCACCCUGCCCAAGGCCGGAGUCUUCGACAGCCUGCGGGACAACAUGCUUCGCGAGUACGUGAGGCAGACCUGGAAUCUGGAGGGGGACGCAGUGGAGCAAGCCAUCAUCAGCCAGGCCCCCCAGUUGGAGAAGCUGAUUGCCACCACAGCCCACGAGAAGAUGCCCUGGUACCAUGGCUCCAUCUCCAGAGAGGAGGGUGAGCGGAGACUCUACUCCGGAAUGCAGCCAGAUGGCAAGUUCCUAAUAAGAGACCGGAAGGAUGCGGGAACGUUCGCUCUCUCGAUGAUGUACGGGAAAUCAGUCUACCAUUACCAGAUCAUCCUGGACAAGUCAGGGAAAUACUCCAUGCCUGAAGGAACCAAAUUCGAUACCGUGUGGCAGCUCGUCGAAUAUCUCAAGCUCAAACCAGACGGAUUGAUUCACACGCUCCAGGAGCCGUGCACCAACCCCAACCACACAGCUGUCAUCUCAACUCCAAACCUGCCCUCAUAUAAAAGACCUGUAGGUCAUAAUGGGUACACCCCACCACCAAAAGCUCCAGAGGUGCCGAGCGGCCAGCGCCCACUCCUGCCCAUGGACACCAGUGUGUACGAGAGCCCCUACAGUGACCCUGAGGAGCUCAAAGACAAGAAGCUCUUCCUGAAGAGGGAGCAGCUGAUGAUCGAUGAGGUGGAGCUCGGCUCGGGCAACUUCGGCUGCGUCAAGAAGGGCGUCUACAAGAUGAGGAGGUCAGACCCGCGCCAUCGGCUCUCUUUAGUGAUCGAAACAGUGAUGGAUUUUAAUACCGCCGCUCUGUAUUAAUCCUGCUGGUGACAAUGCAGAGCCAUUUAUCAAAAUACA